CCUUGAACCCACUCCCAAGUGGCAUGUUUAUGUAACUGGUCAUAGUUUGGGCGGUGCUUUAGCUACUCUCCUUGCUCUUGAAUUAUCAACAAGUCAACUGACGAAGUAAUGUUGUCUUCUCUGAACUGAUUGUUUUAUAUACAUUCUGUCCUCUUCAUGAUGGUUGUUUGCUUGGGUGCAUGUCAAUUUCUGUUAAACCUCUUGUGGAUUCGUGGCUCGCAUUCAUUACAAGAGAAUGAAGAAAGCAGCGGUUACCACCCAGUGUGCAUGGAGGUUAAGAGUUGCUCACAGAGAACUGCGCAAACUUAAAAUGGUAUCUCUGAAAGAGUUGCUGACAUCAAGACACGUGCUCAAUCCAUGAAAUGCCUCACUACUUUCUGUGAAGCUGUUGGUCCAAGAUUUAUUUUUGAGAGGGCAGCAGAUGGAUCAUUUGUUAGGAGGUCAGCUACUAGUAUGCUUAAUGGGAAAAAAGCUGUUCAGGCUGCUCCCAUCAAUAAGAAAGUAGUGCCUGCAAAACCUGGAGUUUCCAAAAAAGGGAACGGAGCCGGGCAGUUGAAACUGUCCAAGUCUGUGGAUGUUGAAGAUGUAGAGCCAGAAGAUAUGAGUCUCGACAUAUUGAGAGCAGAAUAGGUUCCCUUAUACAGCCGGACACAAUUUCCAUGUUGAAGAGUGCAUCAUGGAAAGAGAGGGUUGAAGGUUAUGGCACUUCAAGAACUUGACCCAUCAGUAGAGAUUUUGAUUCGAUUUUUAUCUGUUGUCCCUGGAUGGAAUGAAAAGAAUGUGCAGGUAUACCAUUUCUAGUUUUUUCAGUGAAAAACUUGCCUCUAUUGUGCAUUGGAAUGUCAACAUAUUGAUUAAUAUUCCUUUGAAAAUAUGAUAAAUACAGCCAUUUCAUAGUUGUUGUGGUGAUCCCUCUAUGUACUUUAUGUAGCAAAAGAAAGAAGGAUGCACAUUUAGUUGGCAUUCUUCAAGGAAUAAUUGUUUCUAUGGUAA